AUGGGUCUCACUCCAGAGCUUGAGAAUGGAAUUGCUUGCAAACAGUUCGAGUCCACGCCCCUGGAGUCCGAUGCCUUUGACUGGUCUGAACCAGACUGGCGCGACCCCAAUGUGCGACUUGCUCGGUUGCAGGCAGCACUGACCACACGCAGCCGACACAAGAAGAAAGGUCAAUCGGCGAAUGAAAAGCUAUCAAGGAGACAGCUGGGCCAGCGGAAAGCACAGACGGCAAUGGCACGCUCGAUGCUGACCUUUCGACAUCGCCGGCAAGAAAGGUCUCAGUACUGGCAGACAGUGCGCAAAAAGUUUGCCUCCGCUGUAAGGGUUCAUACCGCCUUCGACGGGUCCCGGGUCGGCGGUCGCAAGUGGGUGACCUUCUGCGUGCUCAGUGGAGGUCUCGCUUGCUGGGCCCCUCCGGUCAGAUACCGUGAUGGUGGCUACCGGCCUCCCGACUCAGAGCAGAAGCCAAAUCAAGCGGAACAAGAGCGCUUAGAUCUCCGGACCCUUGAGUUCCUGGAAGAACUGCGGAGCCGGGAGGCCACAGCAGAACCAACCUCGGUGGUGCAGAAGGUCUCGAGACUGCCGUCUUACGAGCAAAUCAUGGGCCUGGACCACACCUUGAGCUGCAUACUUCCCCACAUGAACGGCCUGUCAAGUUUCCUUCCAACCGACGCAGAAGCAGGGAAGCCUCUCCUCGAACUUCCCACUUUGUGUCUGACAGCUGACGGCGGCCCAGAUGUGAAUUCUGCCCUGAUGUUUCUACAGUACGGCGCCGGUCUGAGAAUGAUUUCUUUUUGGGACCCCAGACACCGGAUCUCUCGAGAGUUGGAGAACUCUAUUACCCAUGGUGGGUCUGGCCUGAGAGGCGCCAUGCUGGCAGCCGAGUUCAUUCUGUCUUUCCAACGAGGCCCGUGGUCUGGUCACAAAUGGCACCGAAUUCUUCAAGAAGAAGCGAGCGAAUGGUUAGCUCAAGCAGCUGGCCAGAGCGAUGCUUUGGUCCAACACCUUUUGCCCGGUAUAGGCAAAGAGCUCGGCCUGAGCCAGACAGACAUCAGUCGAACUGACAUUCUGGCAGGUCUAGCAAAUGCUAAAUUUCUCCAGCACCGUGGCCCAGCAUCGGCAAGUCGCUGGGAUGCAUUUCAUGCAGGCUGGUCUGAGCGACGGUCAGAGCUGUCCCUUAUGCUUGGCCUGCUGAUCAGUUUUGGCUUGAAAUGCGGGUAUCUCAGCGGAGUGCUGAACAAAGCUGGGUGGUCUGAGACACGAGCCGCAGAGUGCGACGACAAGAGCACUCUCAAGGCAGAGACAAAGGCGCAAAUGUAUCGCCAGUGUCGGAACAAGCUACACGUGGUCACCAUGACUCUGCUGAACACGGACGUGGUCUCGAUGAUCCAGGCAUGGUAUUGCAUUUCU